AUGGCUCCUCCUCCCAUCGAUAUGGACACCGAACUGGAAAAGAUCUCAAAGGGAUGUAUUACGUUCUCAGACUACAAACUACUAGCCACCAAAGAUGUCACCUGGUGGAUCGCCUUAAUGAUAGGAAGAGAAUUAGUCAAGGAGAGUGCCUCGACCAUCGGGCUCAUGGAGCUCCGAGGGGCUCUUCACUUCGGCCCGAUAGCUCCAUGGACCCAUUUGACCUAUACGGAGCCGAGUGAGCAAGAACUCGCUUCGGCCACUCUGGAGGAGUAUUAUGAGCUAAAAGAGCCAAAGUCACUGGAUAGAAGUCUCGAUAGUUGGUGGUUGCUGGAGAAGGAUAUUCCACGUGGUGUCGCUUUUAUGGAUGGGCGGUUCCCCGUGAUUCGAAUGAUUUUUAAGGGGAAAUUCGAGAAAAUGAUGAGAAAAGGGGGAAAGAUGGUCAUGGACAGGAAGAUGGUCGACAGAAUGAUUGAAGAGUACUUGGCGAUGGAUAAGAAAAUAAGAGAUGCAAUUGAGAAGGCAAAGUACAGCUACGAAUGUCAAAUCCAAAGUUAUCCCUGA